CCGUCCCCCCCGCCCGCGAUGGACGCCUCCUACCGCCGCUCCGGCGCCGGGGGAGGCGGCGGCGGCUCCGCCCCCCGCACCGUCGAGGACAUCUACAAGGACUACCGCGGCCGCCGCUCCGCCAUCCUCCGCGCCCUCACCAACGACGUCGAGGAGUUCUACGGGCAGUGCGAUCCAGAUAAGGAGAACCUCUGCCUGUACGGCUACGCCAACGAGGCCUGGGAGGUGGCGCUGCCGGCGGAGGAGGUGCCCACCGAGCUGCCGGAGCCGGCCCUCGGGAUCAACUUCGCCCGCGACGGGAUGAAGCGCACCGACUGGCUCGCGCUCGUCGCCGUCCACUCUGACUCAUGGCUCGUCUCCGUCGCCUUCUACUAUGCCGCCAGGCUCACCCGCAGCGACAGGAAGCGUUUAUUUGGCAUGAUGAAUGAUUUGGCAACCGUUUAUGAAGUCAUCUCAGAGAUGAGACAAUCGAAGGAGAGGGAUAGAUCGGUUGGUAUUGACAACAGCGGUAGACACAAGCUGCCAGCCAAGCAUGCACGUGAGGCGCCGCCGCCACCACGUGUGGAAAAUAACGCCAGGGAGGCUGAUGAAGGCUACGAUGAAGAUGACGGCGACCACAGCGAGACUCUUUGCGGGACAUGCGGUGGGAUAUACAGUGCGGAGGAAUUCUGGAUCGGGUGCGACGUUUGUGAGAGGUGGUACCAUGGCAAGUGUGUGAAGAUAACUCCUGCCAAGGCGGAGAGCAUAAAGCAGUACAAAUGCCCGAGCUGCAGCUCAAAGAGACCUAGGCAGCAGUAGCCCUCCACCGGGGAGGCCGGCCCCCAUGGAUGGGGGACCUUGAAGCAGCAGCGGUUGAGACUUAGACUCCUUGUGCAAGGCUAACUACUGCAGUCUUGCUAUGUUUACUGUACUUUCGUUCAGGUUUACAAAUGGUGAUGAUGCUAAUGCAUGUGAGGAAAGAUCGCACACAUUUUCAUAGCCUUCUAACGUUGUCCUGAAGAGGAGUUAAAGGUGUAUGUUGCUGGGAAAGGAUAGUAGAAUGACGAAAAUAUGUGUAACUUUUCGCGGAAAGUUCAGUCUUCCAAUAAUCGGAGAGGUUUAUUUAUGAUAUUCUAUGUUAAUAUAUGUAUUGGUCCUUUCAGCUGUAA